AUGUGCCCCCGGGGCUCGCGCCGGCAUGGAAACAGCACCUACUGCGUGCCCCGGGAGAUUGGCGGCGUCCGGUGGAAGCGGCCCUCUGACGCGACCAAGAUCAUGGGCCUGAUCUUCUACGGCCGCCGAUCAACCGUGUCCAUCCUCGACUGCUAUCUCAAGCGCAACCUGGCCAAGAACGGCGGCAUCCUCGACGGCGUCAUCUUCCUCCAGCGCACCGACGACGCAGACGAUCUCAAGUUCCUCAAGAAACUGCUUGCCAGCGAGCCCGCCUACGAGAAGUGGGAUAUCGACAUGUCCGAGGGCGGCUUUGCCUCGUCGUAUGACCGCAUCCAGGACGAUGUCAUGUAUGUCAAGAUGGACGACGAUAUUGUCUACAUCGAAGACUCUGCCAUCCCCUCCAUGGUCACGACCCGAGCCGAGCACCCCGAAUUCUACGUCGUCUCCUCAAACGUCAUCAACCAGCCCCUGAUCAGCUGGAUACACUGGAACCUCGGCGCCGUCAAGGCCUACCUCCCCGAGCUGAACAAGGCGUAUCCCGCGCCCAAGCCCGGUGAGAAGCUGGACUGGCGCCCUUCCAUGCUGCCCUCGUGGCAAGGCAGCGACGAUUUCGAAGUGAGCGAGUGGAACCCCCCGGACCACCAGAAGCACCGAUGGCUGCCUGUCAAGGGCCACACGGACCACAUUCUCGACCGCACGCCCAUCGUGGAGACUGAGUACGACCCGUUCGGACCCGGCUGGAAGAAGUGGCAGGUUGCCGCCCAGGAGCACUACAGCCUGUUUGAGAACAUUGAGAACGACAACCUGCGCCAGUAUCGCUUCGGCACCUGGGAUUUCCAGCUUAAGCGCAUGGGCAUCCAGUUUAUCGCCAUGAUGGGCAAGGACAUCAACCUCGCCAAGCCCAUUGCCGCCGACGACGAGCACCACUUUGCCGUCACCAUGCCCGAGCAGACUGGCAGACAUGCUGUUGCUGACGGCGGCGGCGUCGUGUCACACUUCAGCUUCGGUGCGCAAGCCGGCGACGAAAGAAUCGAACAGACCGACGUCCUCGACCGCUACCGAGCCUACGCCGAAGAAAACAUUUGCAAGGGGCCUAUGCUCUGGGAUCCUGUUCUCGAUAACCACGACGAGUCAUAG